AUGGAAAAACAAGGGCGGAGAUGCAGAAAACUGGUGCUAGUUCCAUGUCCGUUCCAAGGACAGGUAAAUCCGAUGCUUCAGCUAGGCACAAUCCUUCACUCCAAAGGUUUCUCUAUCACAGUUGCUCAUGCCCAAUUCAAUUCUCCUCAAACUUCCAAUCAUCCUGAUUUUAUCUUCCAAUCCCUACCAGAUGGCAUAUCAUCCAAACCUGACAUCCCUCGUGAUUUUUUAGCUUUCAUGUCAAGUCUUAACUUGAACUGUAGAGCCCCAUUCCAGGAAUUUCUAAGUCAGAUGAUAGGAAAACAGGAGCAGCAAGACGAACUCCCCUGCAUAAUUUAUGAUGCACUCAUGUACUUUGCAGAAGCAGUGUCUAGUCACCUGAAGCUACCAAGCAUCAUCUUACAAACUGGUAGUGUUACCACUAUGCUGACGUACUUUGCAUAUCCUCGACUCCAAGAGGAAGGUUACAUUCCACCACAAGAUUCCAACUCAACAGAGUUAGUGCCUGGGCUUCAUCUCCUCAGAUUCAAGGAUCUACCAUCAAGCACUUUGGAUGAUUUAGAUCCCACUCUGCAACUAAUAGCUAUACUGAGCAAUAUAGGAUCAUCUUCAGCCAUCGUUUGGAAUGGUAUGGACUGCCUUGAACAAUCAUCAUUAGCACAAUAUCAACAACAAUUCCGAGUUCCAAAUUUGUCAAUAGGUCCUAUGCACAAAAUUGCUUCGGCGUCCUCUAGUAGCUUACUGGAAGAGGACAGCAGUUGCAUCUCAUGGCUUAACAAGCAAGGUCACAACUCAGUUAUAUAUGUAAGUUUUGGAAGCAUAGCAUCCGUGGAUGCCAAAGAGCUAACAGAAAUGGCUUGGGGCCUAGACAACAGCAACCAAACUUUCCUGUGGGUGAUUAGGCCGGAUCCUGAUAAUGGAGCAGAACCUACUGAUUGGUUGCCUGAUGAAUUUAAAGAGACUGUGGGAGGAAGAGGCUACAUAGUGAAAUGGACACCACAACAAGAAGUAUUGGCACAUGGUGCUGUGGGAGGACUUUGGAGCCACUGUGGUUGGAAUUCAACCAUUGAAAGUAUAAGUGAAGGGGUUCCAAUGAUUUGUAGGCCAUGUUUUGGGGAUUGUUAUAGAUGUAUAUGA